AUGAAUGUAAUUGGUGAAGAAGAUGAGCUAGCACAGUCGGCGCUAGAUUUCAUUGUGGACGCGUCGCUGGUCUACACAUGCUACGGUACCUUCAUGGGUUGGCCUGGAACGACUUUGCCGAUCCUGGAGGCAGAAGAUUCGCCAAUUCCACUCACCCCUGACGAGGGGUCUUGGCUGGCCUCCAUCAACUCGCUCACCAUGCUGGUGACUAUAUUUGCCGCCGGCUAUGCAGUGGACGUCGUGGGGCGUAAGAAAGUGGCCCUCUUUGGAGCUGGACCUUUUGUCGUCUGGUGGUUGAUGGUGGCAUUCGCCGAUUCCUAUGAAAUGCUGCUCUCAGCACGAGCGAUUGGAAGUUUGGGAGCCGGUGCCAUUAUUACUGCCUUACCUGUUUUUCUGUGUGAGAUAGCCGACACCGAUCUAAGGGGGACGCUAGUUGUGAUCCAUUACAUCCUUAUGCAGUGUGGCACCCUGCUCGUGUAUUGCAUUGGGCCUUACCUAUCCAUCACCACCGUUGCUCUCAUCUGCACCUCAAUUCCGAUAAUCUUCGUCUUGACAUUCAUCUGGAUGCCGGAGUCACCAUACUUCUUUCUCACGCAUCACAGAGAAGCGGAAGCUGUGAAGUGUCUCGAAAGACUCAAAGGUCAACUAACGUCAGAGGAGCUCAAGGUUGAGCUGGAAUUGUUGUAUAAAGAUAUACGUGAGAAACAGCAAAACAAAGGAAAGUUCACGGACGUUAUCUUGGUGCCAGUGCACCGCCGGACGUUGCUCUUAGCGACAGGAUUUAUUCUAUUUCAGAUGUCGGCAGGGUCGACCGCACUCGCCACGUACACGACGUACAUAUUUGAGAAGAGUGGAAGCGAACUUGACUCGAACAUCUCUUCCAUCAUCCUGACGGUCGUCACGCUUGGUGCAAACGUCGUGUCGUCGCUGGUCGUCGAGAGGUUCGAUCGGCGGCCCCUCUGCAUGGCGACUUUCUCAGUGUGCGCCAUCUGUCUGGCUGCAGAGGGAGCUUACUUCUACGUCGACGACAUCUACGGAAGUGUGCCAACUGCAUUCGACUGGGUGCCACUCGCUGGCAUGAUUGGAUUCAAUAUUUCGUACUCUAUCGGCCUGGCACCAGUGCUGUCCUUGUUUAUGGGUGAACUGUUCCACGUGUCUGUGAAGGGCAUCGGCGUGGCUAUUGGCAUGAUCGUUAUAGCACUGUAUGGCUUCUUCCUCAAGAAGAUGUUCCAGGUGGUCUCGGACGGCCUGGGAGCUUACUAUUCCUUCUGGUGCUUCACCGUGAUGUGUGUGGGUGGCAUUAUUUAUGUAUACGCGGUCAUGCCCGAGACGAGGAACAAGAGUUUCGCGCAGAUCAACGAGGAAAUGGACAGUCGUUCAAAGAAAGUCAACUCUCUGAAUGUUUCUGGCAGUAUUCAGGAUAUCAAUGCAUCCUCUUUACAGGGUGUAAAUAUUGAUCCAUCUCUUCCUAUGGAAUCUGAUGGAAUAAUAGCAGAAGCUGUAGAAAUAGAUGUGGACUCUCCAUCGCUGAUCUACACAUGCUACGGCACCUUCAUGGGUUGGCCUGGAACGACUAUACCAAUCCUAGAGGCAGAAGAUUCCCCAGUUCCACUCACCGCUGAUGAGGGGUCAUGGCUCGCCUCCAUCAACUCACUCACCAUGCUGGUGACUAUAUUUGCCGCCGGCUAUGCAGUGGACGUCGUGGGGCGUAAGAAAGUGGCCCUCUUUGGAGCUGGACCUUUUGUCAUUUGGUGGUUGAUGGUGGCGUUCGCCGAUUCCUACGGAAUGCUGCUCGCAGCUCGAGCGAUUGGAAGUUUGGGCGGGGGCGCCAUUAUUACUGCCUUACCUGUUUUUCUGUGUGAGAUAGCCGACACCGACCUAAGGGGGACGCUAAUUGUGAUCCAUUACAUCCUGAUGCAGUGCGGCACCCUGCUUGUGUAUUGCAUUGGGCCUUACCUAUCCAUCACCACCGUUGCUCUCAUCUGCACCUCAAUUCCGAUAAUCUUCGUCUUGACAUUCAUCUGGAUGCCGGAGUCACCAUACUUCUUUCUCACGCAUCACAGAGAAGCGGAAGCUGUGAAGUGUCUCGAAAGACUCAAAGGCCAACUAACACCAGAGGAGCUCAAGUUUGAGCUGGAGUUGUUGUAUAAAGAUAUACGUGAGAAACAGCAAAACAAAGGAAAGUUCACGGACGUUAUCUUGGUGCCAGUGCACCGCCGGACGUUGCUCUUAGCGAUAGGAUUUAUUCUAUUUCAGAUGUCGGCAGGGUCGACCGCACUCACCACGUACACGACGUACAUAUUUGAGAAGAGUGGAAGCGAGCUCGACUCGAACAUCUCUUCCAUUAUCCUGACGGUCGUCACGCUUGGUGCAAACGUCGUGUCGUCGCUGGUCGUCGAGAGGUUCGAUCGGCGGCCCCUCUGCAUGGCGACUUUUUCGGCGUGCGCCAUCUGUCUGGCUGCAGAGGGAGCUUACUUCUACGUCGACGACAUCUACGGAGACGUGCCUACUGCAUUCGACUGGGUGCCGCUCGCCGGCAUGAUUGGAUUCAAUAUUUCGUUCUCUAUCGGUCCGGCACCAGUGCUCUCUUUGUUUAUGGGUGAACUGUUCCACGUGUCUGUGAAGGGCAUCGGCGUGGCUAUUGGCACGGUGGUUAUAGCACUGUAUGGCUUCUUCCUCAAGAAGAUGUUCCAAGUGGUCUCUGACGGUCUGGGCGCCUACUACUCCUUCUGGGGCUUCACCGUGAUGUGUGUGUUUGCCGUUAUUUAUGUCUAUGCGCUCAUGCCCGAGACGAGGAACAAGAGUUUCGCGCAGAUAAACGAGGAAAUGGACAGUCGUGUAGCUGGAGCAGUAAGCAGUAAUAUGGACGGAUCCACGAAGGAAUGUCCGAGUUGA